AGGUUAUGUUGUCGUUGUUUGACAAAUGCGCUCGCCGUUUCGUUCACACCCGUCACCACGUGCUUCCGUAGUGUACACGCCGUGUAUAGUGUCAAGAAUAUACAAAGAAUUUGUGAUUAUAUACUGAAAUAAAAUGGGAAAAUUAGGACCUCGUUUAAAUAGUAGGAAAAAGGCCAAACGCUGGGCAAAAGGACAAAGUUCCAGCUCAAAUCCAGAAACGAACAAGCACCGUAGUCAGGCACGAUCGGCUUUUUUCCAACAAAAUCUUGGUUCAACUGGACUUACAACAGAUGUUUUGAAGAAACACAAUGCUAUCCAAGGAAUUCACCCUUCAGAUAAUAAUAUUGAAAUUGAUGAUGUUGAAAGCUCUGUUGGAGGAACAACAUUUAAGACUUUCGACACGUUUGCUAGUGAUUGGAGUAAUUGCUCUAAUAUGUCUUUCAGUCGGUUUUUAACUAAUUUUCAAUCAAAUUCUGCAACACACAAAGAAAUGCUUGCAGUCUUAGCAGCAGUAACUGAAGUUAUUAAACAAAAUGGAGGUACAGAGUCAUCGACAGAAUAUUAUGCUGCCCUUAUGUCAACUUUAGAAACUGCUGACACAGAAGAAUCUGUAUCUGCUAUUCUUUCACUCUUGGGAAUGGGAAUGAAAACAGUACCAAAGAAUGUGUUGAGAUUACAAUUUGGCAAAGCUAGCCAAAUAUUUGUACAAAUUCUAAUGAAAUAUGCAUCAGAAGAAAAUUUUCUGAUUUUACGUCAUUGUAUAGGAUGUCUGUCAGUUUUGUUAAGAACACAAGAAGCUGCUGCUUGGACUAAUUCUUCAACACUGCAAAUUUUAGAUGCUGUUUUAGCAUUCACUGUUCAUUCAAAGCCGAAAGUAAGAAAAGCAGCUCAACAUGCAAUUUGCUCCAUAUUAAAAGGCAGUGAUAUCAUGAGAAGUGACAAUCCUCCUCCAUACCAUCCAGCAGCUCCUCAAGUUGCCAAACACUGUCUUGCUCAGUUAGAGACAGCAGGUCAACCAGGUCAAUUGACCAGUACUUUACAUGUUUUAACUAUGCUGAAAGAUAUUGCGCACCAGCUUCCAAAGUCUUCAGUGAAGUCUUUGUGUGAAGCAUUGCUUAGUAUAAUGACUUUGAAUAAUGUUUUGGUAACUUCUUGCUGUCUUCAAACUUUGCAUGGUUUAUUUAUAUCUAAACCAACUGAAGCAAUAUUACCAGCACAAUUGAAUGCUCAAAUCAUAAAUGCACUUUAUGACUAUCAACCAGCUCCUGGAGAUACACAACCAACUUUGGCCUGGCUUGCAGUUAUGCAGGAAGCUUACUGUAACUUAGCUGUGCAUUCACCAGAACUUUGCGCAGCAAAUCUACCGCGAAUUAUUGAAAGGUGUACAGAGUUGUGGCUCUCAGAUAAAGAAGAUGUCCUUACAGGAGCGUCGCAUACAUUGAAAGCCCUUCUUGAAAAUUGUGUUGAACCAUUAUGCAUUAAUCAAGAUUUGGCCAAACAAUGCAAACCAACUCUGAUUAAGGUCAUUCAUCUCAUACAAAAUGGAAUGAAAUAUCAAUAUAACUCUGCAUGGCACCACGUGCUGCAUCUUAUAGCUUCGUUAUUUAAGAUAAUUGGUCCGAUUUGUCAAGCGGAAUUAGUAGAGAUUUUAGUGGCCUUAGCAGAACUUCGUGAUUCGUAUAAAUUUUCUUACAAUGCGGAAAUUGAAUUCGCGGUUGGGGCAGCUGUAAGAGCAUUAGGGCCACAAGUAGUAUUAUCGGCUAUUCCACUACAGGGUGCUGGAGGUGACGUCGAUUUAAAGAGAAGUUGGUUAUUACCAGUGUUGAAAGAUUGCACUAACCACUCAACGCUUGGCUACUUUAUAGAUAAUUUACUCCUAUUAGCAGAAUCUUGCGAGAAGAAAUCUAAAUUGUUUAAAGAAAAAAACGAAGGAAUUGCAGCCCACAGUAAUGAAUUAUUGUCAUCACAAAUUUGGGCUCUUUUACCGAGUUUCUGCAAUAAUCCGCCAGACAUUAAAGAAAAUUUCAAGAGAAUUGCGAGAACUUUGGGAAUGGCAAUCAGUGAGAAAAAAGAUUUAAGGCUUUCGGUAAUGGCUGCCUUACGUAGAUUGAUCCAAAGAUCUGUUGACAAUAAUAACAAUGAGGAUAUUGACGAACUUUCUCGAUAUGCCAAAAAUUACUUACCCGUCCUAUUUAAUUUAUAUACUAUUAAACCUCAAGGUUCUGAUGAAGAAGGUCAAAGACUUGCGACCUAUGAAACUAUCAAGGUUUAUUUAAAAAUAACCAGCAAAGAAUUAGUCGGUGAAUUAUUUGAUAAAGCAUUAGAUAAUUUAGAAAAAUCGGAUGAAACUGAAUUCUUUAAGGAAAGUAUUUUCGACUUAGUCAGGGUUUUAUGUCAGUUUACCGAUAUCAACAGAGUACAAGUUUUAUAUGAAAAAUGUGUACCUAUAUUGUCAGAUACAAAACAUCAAAAGGAGCAAAAGAAAGCUUACAGAUUUUUAGAAGAGAUAUGUGGUAGUGAAAGCGAUGUUUGUCAGGAAUUCGUUCGUGAUAAUCGUAAAGAGAUACAAAAACUUAUCACGAAGUCUAUGGAGACUGCACAGAAAACUAGCAAAGGAGCGCGUAUUCGUUGUAUAACUCAUCUCAUGGAAAAACAUCCACAAUUGGAAAAAACGAAGUUUUUAAAGGCUAUUGUACCAGAAGCUGUAAUGUGCAUUAAAGAAUUGAAUGAAAAAUGCAGAACUUCAUCAUAUGCUUUACUAAAUCGAAUAGCAGAAAAAUUCAUGAAUAACGAAGAAAACUUUGAAGAAUAUAUCAACAUUUUGGUAGCUGGACUUGCUGGAGCGCCAAUUUACUGCAGUGCAUCUCUGCUAGGCCUAUCUUCAAUCACGUAUAAUUACAAUGGUUCCCUGGGUGUAAAAACAGUGCACAAUAUUCUGGAACUCGCAUGUUCUCUCGCUACCGGACCCACUCGAGAAAUCGUUUUGUCUGCGCUUUCCUUUAUAAAAGUGUACCUUUCAGUCAUGCCUACACCUACUAUUGGCCCUACCUUACCGAAAAUCAUUGAAGCAUUAACGUCUAUGACAGAUGAUUGCAAAAGGCAUUUCCGACAAAAAGUUCGCGAUAUCAUGAUUAAGUUAACUAGGAAAUUUGGUGUUGAUAUUAUUAGUGGAAUGAUACCAGCUUCUGAUCAAACAAUGCACAAAAGACUGAAAAACAUUCGUAAGAUAGAAACUAGAAAACAAAAACUUAAGGAGCAGAAUAAAAAUAAAAAAGAUGAUGAGAGUGAUGAAGAAUUUAGUGUCAAGAGAAAGCCAAAGAGUUUGGAAGAAAUAUUGGCUGACAGUGAUGAAGAUUUCAAUGACUCGGACAAUGAAGACUCCGCGAAAACACACAAACGAAAGUCGAAAAAGAAGACAUGGAUUCAAGAGGGUGAAGAUAAUAUCGUUGACUUUGCUGAUCCUACAGCAGCUAGAAAUAUAACAGCAACGAAACCUGUCAACGCUAAGAAUCCAGCUACCAAACCAAAAGAAAAAGAUCAUGGUUUCAAAACUGCUCCAGAUGGACGUUUGAUUAUCGGAGAUGACAGUGAUGAUGAUAGUGGUGAUGAGAAAACGAAGAAGAAUAAGAAUAAGCUGCCAUUCUUAGGAAGCGAUUCAGAUAACGAUGUUGAUGAAGAUGAUGCCAAGUCAAUGAAGUCGACUAAAUCAAACGGACUAACCAAGAGGAAGCGUAAACUUAGCGAUUCAGCCAGCGUUGUUUCUGAUGCUCGAUCGUUAUCAUCUAAAUACCAAGCUGGUGGUUCUGGUAUUCAUCGACCUCUAAAAGCACGUAAGAAGGAAAUGGAACCUGGUGAAGAAUACAAAGCUAAAAAAGCUUUCGGAGAUGUCAAAAAGAAGGGUAGACCAGAUCCUUAUGCAUAUAUUCCUCUUAAGAGGUCCACUUUGAAUAGAAGAAAUAAAAAGAUGCAGGGUGCUAGUGGCUAUAAGAAUUUACUAUCAAGAAGUAAAAAGAACAAAUCUGAACAGAAAAACUCAAGAAACAAAAAGAAAUAACUAUUGUUGUAGAAAUUAUGUUAAAGUUAUCUACCAUAUUUGUAGAUAUUAAGAAAUAAGUUUGUAAAAAAUUAAAAAUGAUAAAUAUUUUGUUAAUAUUA